CUUGUCUACUUCAGUCAGGAGGCACUGUCAGCUGUGAGUUGUAUCACUUCAAGCAACUGGCUUUUAUGCAGCAGAAACCACUAUGGGAGCAAAUUCAAGUUCAUCUGAGGGCCUGACUAACAAUCCAGAACAUCUGGCAAGACGGAGGGAAGCGACACCUUUCAGGUUCCUCACAGUGAAAGUGUUAAAAGCCAGAAAUAUCCAGAAGGCAGACCCAGUUACUGAGUCCGAUUGUUAUGUGACUUUGUCACUGCCAACUGCUUCAUCUGAACAUGUGCGCACUGCAACUGUCCACAAUACUAAAGAUCCAGUGUGGAAUCAAUCUUUCUGCUACAGAAUUGACAGCCGUAUAAAGAAUGUUCUGCAACUGAAAAUCUGUGAUGAAGAUACUUUCUCCAAAGAUGAUGAGCUCUACACAGUUCUCUUUGAUGUCGCUAAACUGCAUCCUGGAAAAACUAGUCUUGUCACCUUCAAAUUGAAUCCACAAACAUGGGAAGAGCUGGAAGUAGAAUUCACAUUACAGCACCUCCCAGACUAUUAUGAAGACAUUGUCACAAAUGGAAUACUAGUGUCACGUGAACUUUCUUUUCUGGAAAUCAAAACGAAUAUCAAGAAGCUGAAGCGACAAUACACAAAAGGCGAUCUGAUACUUACAGUCAAGGGUUCAUAUGAAAACAUGCAGAAAAUUCCACUGACUCCCGAUUCCCGUAACAGAAACCUCAUUGGGUUUCAUUGUAUUAAGAAUCAUGAAUCAAAUUUGGAGGUCACAGUACCAAAUACGAUGGAGUGGUCAAAGAUGAUAUUGAAAGAGAAUACAGAAAGUAUUACCUCUGUUACUUUACCUUUGACUGAGAUUCCCAUGCAAGGGAAAAUAGCAAUAAAAGAGCUACAAAAAAUAUGUUAUGGUCAAAAUGUGAAGCAUGCUAAAGUACAGUAUUUCAGGGCAAAAGAUCUAGAUGUGCGCUUAGGAAAUGACCUGAGUGCAGCAGAGAAGAAUUUCCUGAGCAAGAGGAGGAAGUACGUUGCUGCUGCUGUGAAGAAGGCUCUCCAGCUACAAGAAGAGCUGCAGGAUAAUGAGGUGCCUGUGGUGGCAAUCAUGACAACUGGUGGUGGAACCAGGUCAUUCACAGCAAUGUAUGGGAGCCUUCUGGGUCUGCAGAAACUGAAUUUGUUAGACUGCAUGACAUAUAUUGCAGGUUUAUCUGGCACAACAUGGACUAUGACAAAAUUGUAUGAAGAUGCUAAUUGGUCACAGAAAUACCUGGAGGAAGCCAUUAAUGAAGCUCGGAAGCAAGUCACCAAAUGCAAGAUUAACUGUUUCUCUAUGGAUCAUUUGAAGUAUUAUUAUAGUGAACUGAAACAAAGGAGACAAGAAGGACAUGACUCUUCCUUUAUAGAUCUCUGGGGGCUUGUCAUUGAGUCCAUGUUAUAUGAUGAGAAAAGUGAUCAUAAACUUUCACAUCAGCAAGUGGCCGUGAAUGAGGGUCAGAACCCCUUGCCCAUUUAUCUGGCUAUCAGCCUAAAAGACAACUAUAGUGCUCAAGACUUUAAAGAAUGGCUGGAAUUCAGUCCUUAUGAAGUGGGAAACUUAAAAUAUGGAGCAUGUAUUCAGUCAGAACAUUUUGGUAGCUCAUUCUUCAUGGGGCGACUGAUGAAGAAACUUCCAGAAAUUCGAAUCUGCUUCAUGCUAGGAAUGUGGAGCAGCAUAUUUUCAUUAGAUUUCAUGUAUUUCUGGAAUUUGUCCAUUGACUCUGAAGACUUUUGGAACAAGUGGACAAAAGACAGAGUAGAAGACAUUGAUGACUCCAUUGUACCUUCAAGGCCUCAUGAACUGGAAACUCGCACUGUCUGUUCUCAGGGCCGGCUUUCUCAAAUUCUUCGAGAAGUGUUAACAGGACGUCCAACAAUAGCAGAAUAUCCCAAUUUCUUAAGGGGCUUCCAGAUGCAUAAUGAAUACUUGCAAAAUAAGCAGUUUUCUACAUGGAAAGAUUCUGUGCUAGAUUCUCACCCUAACAAACUGAUGGAAACAGCAGAGCAGCCUCUGUCUCUGGUAGAUACUGGUUUCUACAUCAACACUAGCUAUCCACCCCUUUUGAGACCUGAGAGGAAAGUGGACAUUAUACUACAUUUAAAUUACAGCGGGGGCUCCCAGACCUUGAAUCUGGACCAGUUUGCAGUAUAUGCCUCAAAGCAGGGGAUCCCAUUUCCCAAAAUAGAGAUCAGUGAGGAAGACAAGGAGAAUUUGAAGGAGUGCUAUGUGUUUGAUGAGACACAAAAUCCAGCAGCUCCCAUUGUGCUCUUUUUCCCAUUGACAAAUGAUACCUUCAAGAAAUACAAAGCACCUGGUGAGGAACGUGAUCCAAUAGAGAUGAAAGAAGGCAAUGUUGAUGUCUCCAGCUUCCUCUCCCCAUUUACUACAAGGGAAGUCUCAUUCUCAGAGGAGAAUUUUGACAAACUGGUGAAACUAACUGAGUAUAACAUUCUGAACAAUGAAGAUAAGAUCAUGGAAGCCUUGCGUGCAGCUAUGAAGCGGAGGAAACAACAGAAACCAUAAGCAGCUGGGCUGCUAAGCUUUCAUCAAUGCAACUGGUAGACUUAUCAAUAGAAGAGUUAAUUGCAGUUAAAAAUU